AUGUCGCAACAAACACCUAAGAAACCUGUUGUGGUUUCAAAUCUUUCGUCGGCGCUAGCAAACAUCCAUAUCAGCUCGCAGAAUCAAAAUCAACAAUCUUCGCAGUACCAUAAUACACAGUACGGUGGACAGUCCAUGUUCACAAGCAACAACUCUUCCAGUAAUAAUAACAACAAUAACAGCAACGGUUCAAACCACCAUAUGAAUAACUCGUCCAAUGGAUCCUCCAAUAAUGUGCCCAACAAUAAUCCAAACCAUAUUCACAAUUCAAAUGGUAUAAAUCAUAUGAAUGGAAAUCUCAUUCCCAAUCAAUACCCCAUAAUCAAUAACAACUCCAAUAACGCUUUUGUGCAACGGCAAGACUCGCGAAGCCAGUUUCUUACCUCCAGUAUCGAUAUACCCAUGUCCCAGACACCAGACGAGCCUCCGCUAGAUAGGAUUGCUCUCUAUCGUAAAAAUCCGCCCACUGAAGGCAUAAGUCUUUUUUCUCAUCGCUCUGCGCCAAAUGGAUUUAAAAUUGCAGUAGUUCUUUCAGAACUGGGAUUUAAAUAUAAAACUUUUUACCUUGACUUUAAACGGAAUGAACAACGAUCACCCUACUACUUGUCUAUGAAUCCAAAUGCACGUGUGCCAGCAAUCAUCGACCAUGACAAUAAUGAUCAUACGGUUUGGGAGUCCGGAUCCAUCAUAAUAUACCUAUGUCAGCGUGCCGGUCGGGACUGUCCGAUAUGGUCUGACGAUAUUUGUGAGCAAUCAAGCAUCACUUCGUGGCUAUUUUUCCAGGCGUCGGGCCACGCGCCGAUGAUUGGCCAGGCUCUGCAUUUCAAGUAUUUCCACCCAGAGCGUAUUAACUCUGCACUCGAACGAUAUGUCAAUGAAGUGCGGCGGAUCUACGGUGUCGUUGAGAUGAGGCUUGCGGAGCUGCGCGAGCAAAUGAUUAUGGAGAUGGACGACGAAAGCUUUUCACUAGGUACAUCGGCUUUGUCCGAGUCAAAAUACUUUGCGGACCCCGUGUGGCUCGUUGGAAACAGAUUGACGGCUGCCGACUUAUCAUUUGUCACUUGGAACCAUGUCGUUGAUAGGAUUGAUAUUGAUCUUAAGAAUGAGUUUCCAGAAGUUUUCAAGUGGACUCAGAUUAUGCUUUCGCGUCCUUCUGUUAAGCGGGCACUUUCUGGUCUUGAGUAA